GGAACAUUAAUGCAAAAGAGAGAUUUUACACAGUAGUGGUAAGAAAGAAACAAAGAGCAACCCUAAGACACUGUUUCUCUUUCUAUCCCUUUUCUCUUCUCAAGCUGGGUGGUGCUGAUUAAAAGAGAGAAGAAGAAAAAGGAAAAUCAUAAAACCCAACAGAAAAGAGAAAGAGGGAAGAAAAAAGAAAUAAUGCAGAAGAGAUAGAGAUAGCAGGCGCAGCUGGGUUGCGUAGCUGAGGUUAAAAAGCAAACAAUAUACUCUCUCCCUCUCUCUCUUCUCUCUACCUCAAGAGAUCUCAAAACUGAGAGAUCAACAAAUGGAAAGAAAUUAGCAGACCACCCAACAACAAAGAUCUCAUCUUUCCAUAGCUAGAGCUUGAAAGGAAGCUUGUUUCUUUGCUUCUUCUCUUUAGCUUGUUUAGGGGGUCCUUUUUUGUUGGAUCCCUUAAGCCUCUCUAGGGUUUCUACCCUAUCCAUCUUUCUUUCUUGCUUCUCCCAAGAAUCAUCAACCUUUCUCCUUGCUUGGGUUGUUUCACAAAUUUGGUUGGGAUUUCACCACUGAAUCUUGAAAGCAAGCAGAGAGAUUACCAGCUUGUUAAGGAGCUAGCUUGGAGCAACCACUCAACCCAACAACAACAAGCAUAAAAAGGUUAAAGUUGCUUCAAAGGCUGCAAACCCAAAAAAAGAAAAUUUUGGGGAAAAAAAAGGAGAAUUCAGAUAUUUGCAGAAGCAGCAAGGAGGUGAAGAAGGAGAGAUAUAUAUGGGGAGGGGAAGAGUGGAGCUGAAGAGGAUAGAGAACAAGAUAAACAGGCAGGUGACUUUUGCCAAGAGAAGGAAUGGUUUGCUGAAGAAAGCUUAUGAGCUGUCUGUACUGUGUGAUGCUGAGGUUGCUCUCAUCAUCUUCUCCAACCGCGGCAAGCUCUAUGAGUUCUGCAGUACCAAUAAAUUUUUCAAUCGGUAUUUCAGCAUGCUCAAGACACUGGAAAGGUACCAAAAGUGCAGCUAUGGAGCAGUGGAAGUGAAUAAACCUGCAAAGGAGCUCGAGAGCAGCUACCGUGAGUACUUGAAACUGAAGGGUAGGUAUGAAGGCCUACAACGAACCCAGAGGAACCUCCUUGGGGAGGAUUUAGGCCCAUUGAACACGAAGGAGCUGGAGCAGCUUGAGCGUCAGCUGGAAGGUUCAUUGAAGCAAGUCCGCUCCACUAAGACCCAGUUCAUGCUUGACCAGCUCUCUGAUCUUCAAAACAAGGAACAGCUGCUGCUUGAAUCCAAUAGAGCUUUGGCAAUAAAGCUGGAUGAAAUCUGUUCGAGGAACAGCAUGCGACCUUCCUGGGAAGGAGAGGAUCAUCACAACAUGUCCUAUGGAGACCACCAUCAUAAUCCACAUGCUCAAUCCCAGGGGUUUUUCCAGCACUUAGAUUGCAACCCAACUUUGCAAAUCGGGUACUCUUCAUUUCAACUGGUAUAGUCCAGUAGUAACAGACCAAAUGACUGCCACAACUCAUGCUCAGCAGCAGCACCAGCAAGUGAAUGGGUUUGUUCCUGGAUGGAUGCUCUAAUAAAAAGCUCUCAGUAGCUUACAUAUCUACUUGGAGGGGCCAAGAGGAUGGAUAAUUUGGCAGCUUUGCAUUCUCCCUACAUAUAUAUAUCGCCUCAUUUUAAAAUGUUGUUCUAUCAUAAGAAGACUGCAAACCCUUCUUUAUCGAUAAUGGCCUACUGCUCUUACCAAGUACUCUACUUUUCUGUGGCUAGCGACCAUAUAUGUAAAUGAUGAUGAUUUCUGCAGAUAACAUAAGCACUCAACAGCUACCUUUGUGCUAUUUGUGUCAUCUCUCUACGCUCCACUAUGUCAUGCAGCCUUUCUUUUUUAAGUCAUCUUCACUUAUGUAAAGCGACAUUGUAAGCUUCAAAGCAACAACCUUUGAAGGUCUGUUGUAUAUCAGUAUGGACUAUUAGUAAAUUUCAUCUUACGGACGUUGGAUUUGGAUUUUGAAUGACUUGCCAAAUGUAGGCAAAGUGGUACUAAAUUUGAGGAUUUGUCG